AUGGCAAAUGCAGAUGCAUGCUUGAACACCGGUGCAAGUCCGCUGUACGUUGCCAGCCAGAAUGGCCACGAAGCGAUUGUGCCACUUCUGCUGAACGCCAGAGCCGGCGUGAACCUCGCAACACAGGAUGGGGCAACGCCGCUGCUGAUUGCUGCGCAGAAUGGGCACGAAGCGGUCGCACACCGGCUGCUGGCAUCUUGUCCGGACAUCAAUGUCGACCCAAAGGAUCGGACAGAUGCAACUGCCCUGUACAUCGCUGCGCAGAACGGCCAUGCGCCAAUCGUCGCCGUCCUCUUGGAAAGGCGUGCCUCCAUCGAUGCACGCAGCUUGGAUGGGGCCACUCCUUUGUUCAAGGCCGCGCAGAACGGCCGCCUGGAAGCUUGCAGGGUCCUGUUAGGAAGCGAGGCCGAUCUCUGCGCAGAAGCCAAUGAUGGCGCGACGCCCUUGAUCAUGGCAUCUCACAACGGGCAUGUGGAUGUCCUGUGCCUCAUUGUGCCCGAUCUCGUUAACAGGUUCUCGGCCAGUGUGCUGGACGUUGGGAUGAAGGGGACCGGAGCCACCGCUGUCUUCGUGGCCUCUCAGGCUGGGCACACCGGGGCUGUGAAGAUCCUGCUGCACCACUGGGCGAAUCCGCGGGCGAAGCUGGCCAGCGGGGCCUGCCCUAUUCACAUCGCAGCUCAGCGCGGUCAAAUUGAAGUUCUUAAGACCCUUCUGGCAGCUAGGGCCGACACGGAAGCGCGAGCACGAGGAGGUGUUUCAGCCAUCUACUUGGCUUCACAGAACAAUCAUCUUGAUGCCGCCAGGUACCUCAUUCAGAUUAGGGCGCAUGUCGACGCAUGCCUGGACACUGGCGAGACGCCCCUCAUGACGGCCUGCUCGAACGAGCACACUGGGCUGGCUGAGCUGCUCCUUGAUGCUGGUGCCAGGCCUUCUCUGGCCGCAUCGGCUGCGAGGAAGGCCAAACGGGAGGAGUUAGCCCUUCAGCUCGAGAAGCUCCAGAAGCAGGACAUGUCCUUGCCCCGCCUCGAUGCGGCAAAGGGACAGGCAUGUCUUUCUUGUGUAGCAGCAGGCUUCCACUCCGGAGACAUUGUCGAGUGCAAGAUCCCUAUCAGAAUCGGGGAAUUCAACUUCUCGAAAGGGAGGCGGCUCAAGGUGCACCACCUUGAGCCACAUGGACCAGUCUACCUCAUGAACCCCGAGACCGACGAGCUCCACGAGCCAGCCGUUCUGCUUGAUGACAUCGUCCUGGUUCAGCACAAGGAUCCCCCACCUCGUGAAAGCUUUCAGGUGUCAGGUGCAGGCGGUGUCGGCAGAGGCGCAAAUGGCAUCUACCUUUGCGGUGGCUGGCUGAAUGACCUUCCCAUAUACCACCAGGCGGGCGGAUCAGGCAUCAUUUACUUCGACAGAAAAUGGAAGAUCAAUCUGUGCAAUGAUCCCGGCGAAUGGUACUACUUGCACCCGGACGCCUCGUUCCAGACACCUCCCAACGGCAUAUGGACCACGGAAGCCCACGUUGAUGGAGAUGCCGAGCCUCCGCCGAGAUUGGCCACCUGCCAGGAUCGUGUGGAAGUUGGCUUUCCCGGUGGGCGCAAAGCAUUCCUUCCCGUAAACUGGACAUCAACUCGCAUUGGCGAGUUGAAGAAUGCCGUUGAGGAGGAGUUCGGCACGCCCAGCGAGAAGCUCCUGUUCGAACAGCGGUUUCUGGACGUCUCGAAGACUUUGACGGAGGAAGGUGUGCACGAUUGUAAAGACCUCGCGCCCGUGGAGGAGGCCAUUAUUCAGGUGUCUGGUGCUGGCGGCGUGGGUAGCCGUGUUGAUGGUAUCUACCGAUGCAUGGGCUGGCUGAAUGGACGACCCAAGUACCGUCAGGUGGGCGGAUCAGCCAUCAUCUACUUCAACACAAACUGGAAAAUCAACGACAUGAACGAUCACGGUGGAUGGUACUACUUGCACCCGGACACCACGUUCCAAACCCCUCCAGACGGCAAAUGGACCGUGCAGGGCUACGACAACGGUGAUGCCGAGCCUCCGCCAAGUGUCACGACGUGCCUGGUCGCGGAAGGCGUGGGGAACGCUGCGAGACUCACAGCUAUGCCCCUAGAGGCCGCCUUUCAGGUGUCUGGUGCUGGUGGUGUGGGUGUCGAUGGCAUCUACUUGUGCAAAGCUUGGUUGAACGGACGACCGAAGUACCACCAGGUGGGCGGAGAAUCCAUCAUCUACUUCAGCAAGAAUUGGAAGAUCAACUUCCGCGACGAUGCCAGCGGAUGGUACUACUUGCACCCGGACGCCUCGUUCCAGACCCCUCCCAACGGCACCUGGACCACGGAAGGCUAUGAUGGCGACGCCGAGCCUCCGCCGAGAGUGGCCACCUGCCGGGAUCGUGUCGAAGUUGGCUUUCCUGGUGGGCGCAAAGCAUUCUUUCCCAUAGAUUGGACAUCAACAUGCAUUUGUGAACUGAAGACGGCCGUUGAGGAGGAGUUCGGCAUGUUCGCCGUAAAACUGUUGUUCGAACAUCGGUUUUUGGACGUCUCGAAGACUUUGGCGGAGGAAGGUGUGCCCGAUUGUAAAGACCUCGCGCCCGUGGAGGAGACCCUUAUUCAGGUGUCUGGUGCUGGCGGCGUGGGUAGCCGUGUAGACGGCAUCUACCGAUGCAUGGGCUGGCUGAAUGGACGACCCAAAUACCGUCAGGUGGGCGCAUCAGCCAUCAUCUAUUUCAAGGAAAAUUGGAAGAUCAACUUCCGUGAUGAUUCCGGCGGAUGGUACUACUUGCACCCAGACGCCUCGUUCCAGACCCCUCCAAACGGCAAAUGGACCAUGCAAGGCUAUGACAACGGUGAUGCCGAGCCUCCGCCAAGCGUCGCAACGUGUCUGGUUCCUGUGGAGGGCGUGCUGAACGCUGCGAGACUCACUGCCAUGACGCCUGUGAAUCUCCUUGAGCACAAUAACGACGAUGCAGAAGAGGCGGCCAACAACUGCAAACAACUCAGCCACAACGCCCGCAACAAUCCAGCCAAGCUUGCUGACGCUGGGGCAUUGGAGGCGAUCGUGAAGACGAUGAAGAGGCAUCCGAGUCAUGCCAAAGUUCAAGAACACGGCAGCUGGGCCCUCGCAAGGCUGUCGCUUGGCACCGACGAGGAAGGGGUGAGGAGGCAGCAGCGCGCUGCCGACGCCGGCGCCCUCGAGACCAUCGUUUCUGCCAUGCAGCAGCACCGUGACCAAGUGGAAGUGCACGAGAAAGGCAGCCUGGCCAUUGGAAACAUUUGUUUCGGCAACAAGCCGGGCGAAGGGGCAGAUGGGAGGAAGCAGCUUGCUGUGGAUGCCGGUGCACUCGAAGUAUUGGUGGAGGGCAUGGUGGAGCACAGCGGCAGCGCGCAGUUGCAGGACAACGCCAGUUAUGCGGUCGGCAUCCUGUGCGCAGGCUCUGAUGUUGAGAGCGUCGGGCGGCGGCAGCGCGCCGUGGAGGCUGGGGUCGUGGAGCCACUGGUGGCCGCGAUGCAGAGGCACCCGCACAAUGACAACGUGCAAGGCAACUGCAUCCGCGUCCUGCGGCGGUGCUGCGGGGUAGCCGGGGCCGUGCGAUUGGAGCUGGCCAAGCCCCUGGCAGAGAUGUUGCGCCGAUUGAAGCACCCUCAGGACAGCAUCCAGCAGGACGCAAAGGCUAUCCUCGCGACAGUGGCCACGGUGAAAGUCAGAAGUUUCAAUGGCGAGCAGGAGGCAUCGUUUCCGGUAGACUGGACAUCAACUCGCACUGGCGAGCUCAAAGAGCUCGCUGAGGAGAAGUUCGACAUUUUCUAUGCGAAGUUAGUGUGCGAUGAUCGAGAUCUGAUUCUGGAUGUAUCGAGGACUUUGUUUGAGGAAGGUGUGCAGCCUGGUCAAACGCUCACGGCCGUGGCGGUGGAUCUCUUUGGCGAUACCGAAGAUCCGGAAGAGGCAGCCAACAUCUGCGAAUGGCUGAGCAACAAAGCCCGCAAAAAUCCAGCCAAGCUUGCUGACGCUGGGGCAUUGGAGGCGAUCGUGAAGACGAUGAAGCGGCAUCCAAGUCAUGCCAAAGUUCAAGAACACGGCAGCUGGGCCCUUGCAAGGCUGUCGCUUGGCACCGACGAGGAAGGGGUGAGGAGGCAGCAGCGCGCUGCCGACGCCGGCGCCCUCGAGACCAUCGUUUCUGCCAUGCAGCAGCACCGUGACCAGGUGGAAGUGCACGAGAAAGGCAGCCUGGCCAUUGGAAACAUUUGUUUCGGCAACAAGCCGGGCGAAGGGGCAGAUGGGAGGAAGCAGCUCGCUGUGGACGCCGGUGCACUCGAAGUGUUGGUGGAGGGCAUGGUGGAGCACAGCGGCAGCGAGCAGUUGCAGGACAACGUCAGUUAUGCGGUCGGCAUCCUGUGCGCAGGCUCUGAUGCUGAAGGCGUCGGGCGGCGGCAGCGCGCCGUGGAGGCUGGGGUCCUAGAGCCGCUGGUGGCCGCGAUGCAGAGGCACCCGAACAAUGACAACGUGCAAGGCUACUGCAUCCGCGCCCUGCGGCGAUGUUGCGGGGUAGCUGGGCCGGUGCGAUUGCAGCAGCUGACGAAGCCCUUGACGGAGAUGUUGCGCCGAGCGAAGCACCCCAAGCAUCAUGUUCACCAGGACGCAGAGGGUAUCCUCGCGAUAGCAGGGGCCUCAGAGUCGCAAUCAGCUUCGGCACACGCAAGCUCCAGAACGUGUUCGCGGUGGACUUGA